UACAACAUUUAGAGGCUGGGUACAAAAGAUACUACGAAAUACUGAAGAAUUUACAAGAAGGCGCAAAGUUUUACGAAGGGUUUAGGAAACCAUUGAAUGAUUUUAAAGAUGAAUGUUUUAAAUUUGCAAGAAAUCGAAAAGCGGCGGUGGAUGAACAAUUGGACAUGCUCAAACUUGCAACAACAAUGUCUUCAGUAUCAGUUUCACCUAUACCACCUAAUGUGACUCCUGGAGAAUGGCAACCGAGCAUGGGUAUUGCAUUUAAAGAUAAUACUGCUAAUCAAGCGCGUCCACCUGCGCCCGGAGGAGCCUGGACAGCAAGUCAUGGGCUCCAAUUUGAUAAAAGUGAAGGACGUUAG